AUGAGAAGGAUGUUUCGAGUCUUUGGGCAUGAAAAGGUCUGGGUGUUAGAUGGAGGUCUGCCAUGUUGGCGUGCUUCAGGAUAUGAUGUUGAAUCUAGUGCUUCUGGUGAUGCUAUCUUGAAAGCUAGCGCUGCUACCGAGGCAAUAGAGAAAGUAUAUCAGGGCCAGACAGUAGGACCAAUCACAUUUCAAACAAAGUUUCAGCCACAUCUUGUCUGGACACUUGAGCAGCCUUAUAAUCAUCUCUCUGCCUUUGAUGAUGAUGAAAUUGAUGGUAUCACUUUGGUUAAAAGAAAUAUUGAAGACAAGACUCAUCAACACAUAGAUGCACGUUCAAAGGGCAGGUUUGAUGGUUCUGCACCAGAACCUCGAAAGGGAAUAAAAAGUGGCCAUGUGCCUGGCAGCAAUUGCAUUCCAUUUGUGCAGAUGUUAGAUGCUUCACAGACACUCUUACCAGCAGACGAGCUGAAAAAACGAUUUGAUGAAGAAGGUAAUAAAGAACCUCUAUCUGUUCCAGGUCUCCAUCGACUUGGAAAGCGAGAUGUUACAGUCUAUGAUGGAUCUUGGACAGAAUGGGGAGCUAAUCCUGAAAUGCCUGUUGACACUUCUUCAUAA